AUGGCGCUCCUUCAUACGGGCCGGGAUCCCAACGCGACACACGCAGCAGACGAUGGCGUUGUGACUCGCCUCGUACUCGAAGAGGGCGCGAGACUGCGGUUGUCCGGUGGCCAUCGUCGUCCGAUCGACCAGGCUCGUACCGCCUACCUACGAUCAUGGUGGAAUCGGAACCGGGUCAGUGACUCAGGGGGAAUCAACGGCGCGUGGUUCGGCGCGUGGUUGAGCACGUGGCUGAUCGUUCGUACGUGCAGGGGCCCCCAGAUUAGAACCCCGGUUGGAUGGGCGGGGGGUGGGGGAAGCGGGGACGAAUUCUCCCUGAGCUGGAGCUUGGCUGAGCCACGCGCGAAGCCGAUACAUCGUAUACUCGACGAUCCCGUUCUGUAUAGAUCGAUCGAUGGCCCACCGGCUAAUGGCCGACCACUGCCGCGACGCGCCCCACCAGGGAACCGGUCGGGGCCAAUGGCCGACCGAUUCCGGCAGAACCCCGAGGCCCAGCCCCCUCGCACCAACGUUUUCUGUUGCGGGAUCCUGACCGCUGCGCCGGGCCUUCGCCUCGAGCGAGAGAGGUAUGCAAGACACAAACACCACGGCUAA